GGCGCGGCGGGGCCGUGCGGGGCGGCGGCGAGCGGGCCGGGCCGGGCCGCGCGGCCUGACGUCACCGGCCGGGGCGGCUAUAGGCUGCGGGCGGCGCUCCCCGAAGCGGCGGCGGCUCCGCUCUGCGCCCUCGCUCCGCGCUGCCGCAGCCCCCCGCGCCCGCGGCGCCCGGGCGCUCCCCCGCCUCCGCCGGCCCAGGCUGCUCUGUCACUUUAGAGCGAGCGAGAGGCUGAGCCGGCAGCAUCCCGGGCAUUUCCAGUGAGCGCCUGCCAGCAGCCCGGCACUGAUUGAAAUUUAGGCGUCUUCAGAGAGGGGAGGAAGAUCCUCGUCUUCCGAAGCCUCCUCAAUGAGUGCCAAGCUCUCCAAGGAGUUGAGGCUGUCCCUGCCACAUUGCCUUCUGAACAGGACGUCUGCCACCUUAAACACCAGCAGCACCUGCAUCACGCAAGUGGGUCAACUAUUCCAGUCCUUCUCAUCCACCCUGGUUUUAAUUGUCCUGGUCACCCUCAUCUUCUGCCUGAUCCUCCUCUCCCUCACCACCUUCCACAUCCACAAGAGGAAGAUGAAGAAGCGGAAAAUGCAAAAGGCUCAGGAGGAGUAUGAACGGGACCACUGCACCCGCAGCAGCAAUAGCGGCAGCCAGCACCCUGGGACGGGGGUGCAGGGAGAGGCACCCCAAGGAAGAGACAGCCGGCUAGGAAGACCCCCCCAGGACUCGGAGAUCCAGCGCCCUUCUCCCUCACCAGUCCCAAGCUCUCAGCAAGCACAAGCUUGUUUGGACACAGCUGGUGCGGGGCUCUUGCAGACAGUGAUUUGGUCAUGAUGUUUUGGGGUAGACCUCGUGAAGGCGCUGGAUGGUGUUUGUAAAUACCUGAGUGAUUAUUCUAGUCCCCGAAGAAGAAGAAAACAUUGCUAAUUCAAAUGAACGAACAAGCCCACGAUCCAAGCGCAUGACAGAUCACAUUGCGUUUCUCAUUGACUGUACGAGGAAAGGAUGCGUCUUUUUACUGGAGAAGGAGCUGCACACAGCUACCAAAUAUCACAUUGUCCAUCUGGAGGAGAGGGUCAGGGUGGGGUAUCCCUUUUCCCUGGACAUCCUUACCCUGAGGACCAGGACGAUCCCACUCUCUUGGGAUUCCUGCAGCACCCUGUGCCACCAUUGCAUGGCAUGGGUUGGGGCUUGGGUGAGUGGCGUGGGGGAAGAGGCAGGUCUGGCGGGUACCUUGGGACGCCCUGUCCCCUCAGAGCAGGACAACAGCCCACCCUGGUCUCUCCUUUUGUGCUAGGACCUAUGCCCCUCUCUCAUCCCUCUCGUUUCUUUCCAGGACUUGAUAUUCUUUUGUGUAGAAAUGGCCGCCCCUAGCUGGGCUUAACUGCAAUCACCCUCUGGUCCCAUGGCCCCGUGCCCCCCAGGUGCAGCACUGAGCAUCCCACCCUCCAGGGGGAUGGAGCAAGCUGCCUGCACACAGCGAUGCCUGAGCUUUCCUCUCCCUCAGUCCCUUCAUCUUCAAAUGCCCCCCCCUACCCAUGCCAAGAAACCUGAAACCCACACCCACUGCCGUUUUGUGUGGCAGAGCGAGGUGAUGUGCAGUAACUUGCUCGUCCUCUCCCAGGGGAGGGUGUCCUUGUACCUCCUGUUGGUCCUGAAACAAAUCCAGUUCUGCACCAGGCACCCUGCACUGAACGCCUGCGUUUACAGCUUCACCUCCCAGCAAGGAAUCCUGCAGCAGUACAGAGCUGGCUUCUACUUUUUUUAGGUUGAUAUAUAUAUUUUUAACCCUCCUAAUCUAGUAGACAGUUAGGGACAGACAAUACUUAAUUUUCUCCCCUUUCCCCUUUUGGGGAGCAAACCACGCAGUUGUGCAAAAUGUCCAUUCCUAAACCCUGGCAAAUAUUUAUUUCAGAAGUAGCCGGUGUAGUUUCUCCCUAGCAAGCACCAGGAGUUUUCGUGGGUUUUUUUUUUUUUUGUCUGUGUAUGGCAGGUGUGAGUGACUGCUAGUACUGUGUGUGUUGGAGGAAGCAGCAUCAGGUACAGAAAAUGCAGCUCUGCUUAGCGAUUAAAUCAAUGACCAUUACUUGAAGGUGCCUUAAUAUAGUGCCGUAUCCAAACUUUGAAACAUCUUGUGUGGAAUCAUAGCAAAGGCAGCCCUCUACUGUACAUACUAACAUCGGAAAAAUCAGCAAAGAAAAAGGGAUCCUGAGGGAUUUCUUCUUCUUUUUUUUUUUUCCUUUCUAUCCCAUCAUUCAGAGCGAUCUGAGGAGACAGUAGUAGUCCACAGUUUUCAAUAUUUUGUAUACACUUAUUCCCUCUGUGCUGUAUGCCCAGGGUGGCUGUUAGGCUAGGAAAAAUCCUAGGCACAUGCUCUGGGAGGUCUGGGGCCCUGAGCUGGGAGUGAAUGCCGUUAACCAAUUUAAAAUGGGGAAAGAGGGUGGCAGAAGGGCUCUGUAAUCCUCUAAUAGCCCCAAAAUGCAGAGCUUUCAGGGCAAGGUUUUGGUUACCCAGUUUUACCCCUUUCCAGUCUUGCCUGGUCUGACAGGAAAUUGCUGUUGAGUUUGGAUCCGUGCCUCCAGCGUUUUAGGCAAGUACUGUAUCAUCCAGCUCAAGGAGCUGAGGUUAGUGUGGCAAGCGAACCUGCAACCAAAUGGUGUUUUGCACGUUGCAGUUUGAUGGGAGUGAUGGCUGUCUCUCGCCGCCAGCCGGUAUGAUCGGAUGCUAAUGGCUACUUCAUUGUUGCUGGGCAAGGAAAUUGGCUUUGUUUUGUUUCCCCUACUAAAGGAUGCAUGAACUUUUGUGUUUAACCUCCUUAUGCAACUGCGGCACAGUAUUGCACCACAGGGAAUAGAUUUAGGACAAUGAAGAGUGUUCAGUAAACAGUAAUGGAGCUUCCUGAUCGUUGAUCUCCACUAAACAGAGAUAUAUUACUUUUCCCUUUAUUUUGUGCCUUUAAAACAAAUAAACAAACCAACCCAGUGUAUAAUUUUGAGUUUUAUAAAAGCAAUAGGAUGUUCCAAAUCACUCCAGUGCAUUUCUGGUUGAUGAUUCCACUUCUUUAGUGUCUGAAGUCAGAUACUCUUCCUUCUGCCUUAUGCACUCAAGGCAUGCAAUAAUUCCCCAGAAGUGUACUGCUUGUCACAUCUCAUUGCAGUUAUAAAAUUGCCCUAUUUUUGAAGAAAAAAAGAAGGAUGGAGAUAUAUAUAUAUAUAUAUAUCUUUAUAUAUAUUAUGGAUAUAUAGGUAUAUAUAUUAUUUAUAUAAUCUCAUGACACUAAAAGUAGUUGCAAAAAUGUAACUAGAAUUAAAAUGUUAUGUAAAACUCUAUCCUCUGUUAAUUAGCUUUGAUUUAAUAUUUUAAUAUCUCUGUAUUUAUGUAAAUCUAUGUAAAUUAUGUGGUCUAUAAGUAAAAUUUCAUACUGACUUUAAUUUUCUCAGAACUGUGAGCUUCUUGUGGUGUCAUUUAAGGUUUUGCAUUUCUAAAGUUAAAUCAUGAGAUACGAGAAGUUAUAAAUUCUUAUUAUCACACAGAAAUACUGCAAUAAGUUUCAUACGUACUCCCAAUACACAAUCCUAUCUUGAAGUACUGCAAGCUUAUGAGGUUUAAUUGACCGGUCUCAGGAGAUCUAGCUGAUACAAGCAGGACACGUAGGUUUUCAUUUUCAUGAAACAAUAAGCAAUCUAGGGAAUAGAUGUGGAUUUUAAAAACAGAGUUUAUGCUUGGAGGUUCUGUCAAAUCAAUUGCUUCAAAACCCUACAGCUACAGCUAAACUUCUGCACUUAGCAUUCAGUAUUAAUAAGGCUGAUGCUUCUUUCCCUUCCCCCUCCUACUUAAACUAGAAAAGUGUAGGAAAUUGUUCAUAUUUCUAAAGCAUACGUUUUCAGCUAACUGUGAAACUGCCCAAAGGGUUUUAAAUAUACAUAUUUUAUGCAAGUGUAAUAUCUAUGUAUCUGUAUCCAUAUAUUUAAAUAUUUUUGUGUAACCUUUUCUACAAUAUUUGAUAGAGAUGCUGGGUAAAUGCUUGUACCAUUCUCGUAUGUAAGGAAGGAUUUAUACCCUCUCGAUGUGGACAUACUUUUUCCUGUGAAUUUGCACUGGUUUUGACAAGUUAUGGAUGGAGAUGGAGACCUAGCAGCUGAGUGCUGACUGCUGGAAGAACAGACAGUCUUUCCUCUGUUAAGGGGCACAUUCUCCUGCUGGAUUUUUCUGGUUCUGAAUAAGAAAUUGGGGCCGGUUGCCCUCGAACAUCCUGCAUGUGUAAGAAUAAGAAGUGCUGUGGCGCUCAGUUCCUGUUCGGUCCAGCCAUUGUCCUGCGGAGGAAGCACGGCAGCAAUGACUUGUUUUGUAGAUCCUGGUGAGAACUGAGAGCCUGCCGCACGAUGCAGUGCCAGCGCUGGGGCUGGGUCAGAGUCAGCGAUGCCUCGUCCUGCACCCGAUCCUCGGAGCCUGCUGCUGCCGCCCCAGGGCUUCGUCCAGCUCCCGCUGGCAUCAACAGGAGUGGCUUCUACUAAUUGCCAAGGGACUUGGAUCCCAUCUGUAGUCCACACAGAGGGCAACAGCUCUCCAUGUCACCACCGCUGGCCCUGCUCUGUACCCAUCCUGGCAGCCUCCGUAGGGAUGGAAACCACGAGGGCUGGGAUGCUUCAGCCUAGUGGGGAUGGAAACCAUGAGGGCUGGGAUGCUUCAGCCUGGCAGCACCGGGGAACUUGCACUGCUGCUGUCAGCUCUGCUUCUACGGACUGAGGCAUUUAGGUUUCUACAUGGAUCCUAUGUGGAUCAUGGACAGGGAAUGUAAUUUCAUUAAAAUGUGUCAUUCCAGCAUUUUUUCUGUGGGGGUUUGUCUACUGCAAAUGUAGUCUCAGAUGAAAUCUGCAGGCUCACCAUGCGGAGAUGUUUUAGCUUUUGAUACAUCUCUCUCAGACAUAUAUCUGUAUAUAUAGAUAUAUAUCUCGAAAGAAAUGCUGGACAAAAAACAAAGAACAGAGACUCCACAUAAGAGGCAAAACUGUCCCAUGACUAAAAACUGGGGUGUUUUUUUGCUUUUAAUUAAUUUUAAAGGUUACUAUCUUUAAUGUAAAUAGCAAGUUACUAUGUGAUUAAUGUUUUCCUUAGCAUUUCUGAGUAGUUGCUAUAUUGUUUCUGGAAAGCUAUGUCCAGUGUUUUGAAGCAACUAUGCUUUUCUCCUUCUAUUAUUAUGAAUAUGGGUGCAACUUUUAUGAAGGAGGAAAAAGAACAUGAUUUGACUCUUUAGACAGGACUGAAUUAUUUUAAAUCUAGUUAUAGGACUUGGUUGAUUUUUUUUUUCUUUCUAGUGGUUAUUCUUUCUGCACGUUUGUAUUUUUUCUAUGGGUACUUGAGACCCUCCAUUUUAAUAAGUAGGCAAGAUAUGAAGGGAAACAUGAAAAAUGAAGUAGGAAGCAUUCUUUUUUCUUUUUUGUGUAAAUAGCAAAAUUUAUAAGGACUUAGAUACCAUUUGAUUACAUUUCUCAUCUACAUAAAAGUUGGCAUGACUCAUAUACAAACCUUUCAUAAAGCUUUCAUUUAUGUGAAAAAGUAGAACUACUUUUAUCCAGGAUUGUCUUUCUCAUCUUGUUCUGGUAUCUAACUCUCUUUUUCCCUGAAGCCAAGUUUUCCAUCUGAUCGCUAAAUAAAUUUCUAGUAGAACAGAGCCUCCUUCUGUUUUUAGUCUUUUACAUGUAGGUCUCUGGUCUGAAUCCAGCCAAACUCAAUAGUGUAGAAAGUUUGUUAUGAACUUGCAGAAACUGGAUGGUGUAUGAGCCUUAAGGAGAGAGGUGACUGACAAAUAAACAGGUGAAAUGCCUGGCAAUGGUAAUAGUUACCUGUCCCAUUUGGAGUUGUGGAAGUGAAGCCUUCCCCGUCCACUGGAUGGACUGGGUGAAGGGUGACCCAUUCCAGCCACAGCAGAGACACAUAUCAAUCGCCUUCCUGAUACCGUUGCUCUAAACCAUCAUUUUCUAUAUGACACUAGAUCUCAUCUCUGUAAAUUAUAUGUAAUAUAUUUCUUAUUUAAAUCAAAGAAGUUUUCAUUGCUUCAUUAGUACUAUAUGUUCUCUGUGGAUAACUAGAGGAAUUCAUUUUCCAACCCUUUUAACCCAAGACCUCCACAAGCAUCAAUUUUGUAUAAGUUAGGAAAUAAAUAAAUAUUUGGAUCAGAACACUGUCAGUAAAAAUUGCCUUUAUUUAUACAAUCCGGUGUUCCAGUUGACUUUUCUUUGUUGUUUUCUUCCUUGAAAUGGAGCAAUAUAAUCUGUUCAUUAUAUUACUUUUCUAAAGAGGACAAAGAAUUUGAAGCAAGCACUGCAAAAUACACAUAUAUAAACAGGAAAAGAUUUCACAUUGUACAGCAGAACAAAAUCCAGUACGUUUUGUUGUUUUCACAGUAAUUCUUUGUCCUCUGUUUUUCAGACACCCCCCUCCACAAUCAAGUAUUUAACCUAAAAUCUUCUGAGAAAACUCACAUAUAACAGGUAGAUUGCCUUAGUUUUAUGGUUUUAGCCUUGCAAAAAGCACUAACACAGAGUCAUUGACAAUGUACAGGUUAAAACAUUCCAAAUAUCUAGUAAUCUAAAAAUAACAAAGUAUCCUAGGGAAUUAUGAGUACUGUAAAGAAGGGGUAAAUAUAGAAGGUCAGAAGGAGAAACUAUUAUUUCUAUAAUACAGUAAACGCAACGUGCUGCAGGAUAAGUUCAUGAUUGUAAACGAGUGCCUUUACAUUUUAUCCCUGGCUCUGUCGUUCACACAUUGUGAGGCCUUCAGCUUCCAAGUUAUUUAUGUAGUAACCAAUAUAUAAUUUAUCU